AUGUCGACUGGGGUCGACAAUCAACAGCAUCUCAAAAAUCUCAUAGACUUGGAUUCGGUUACCCGCCACCGUUCGGUUUCCUACAGUAACAGUUGCUCUGUUCUGCCGCCUGUUGAGCCCGAUCGAGUGUUCGACGGACAACCCGCCAAUAUGGUUUCUCAGAGUCAAAAGUCGCGGUGGCUGAAGACUGGAGCCAUCGUCGGCUUCGUCUUUAUGGUCCUUUUGUGGCUUUCGCCAUCGAAGACCGCGGUUUCGAGUUUCACACAAGAAAAAGCCCCCUCCACCGGUGGUGUCUCAGCCAAAUGCACCAAGCCUUUCGAUUCGUCCAAGCCUUUGAUUCAAUAUGCCCUGAUGAUCGACGCCGGCAGCACUGGUUCUCGUAUUCACGUCUACCGCUUCAACAACUGCGGCUCUACCCCGGAAUUGGAGAAUGAAGUAUUCGAGCAGACCAAGAAGAAGGAGGGUGGCUCUGGCCUUAGCUCCUACAAGGAGGACGCUGAGGGUGCGGCUCGCAGUCUAGACCCCCUCUUGGAGGUCGCCCUGCAGAAUGUGCCCGAAGAGUAUCGGUCCUGCACCCCAAUUGCCGUCAAGGCUACUGCUGGACUGCGUCUCUUGGGACCUGAGCUGAGCAAGAACAUUCUGGAGGCUGUGCGCACUCGACUGGAAACCACCUAUCCUUUCCCUGUCGUAGCCCGUGAAAAGGGUGGUGUCGAGAUCAUGGAUGGUUCUGACGAGGGUGUUUACGCCUGGAUCACCACCAACUAUCUUCUGGGUAAGAUUGGCGGUCCUGAUGAGACCCCCACCGCUGCCAUUUUUGAUCUUGGGGGUGGCUCCACUCAGAUUGUCUACCAGCCUACUUUCGAAAAGAGCAAGGCUGGCGGCAUGCCCGAACACUUGGCCGAGGGUGACCACAAGUACGAGUUGAAUUUCGGUGGCCGCGAGUUCGACCUGUACCAGCACUCUCACCUUGGCUAUGGGCUUAUGUCCGCUCGUGACUCCAUCAACCGUGCGGUUCUGGAGGCCAUGCUGGCCAACAACCAGAAGGACCUGUCGUGGCUGAAGCGUCCGAUUUCCAACCCUUGCAUUCAGCCCGAUAUGGAGAAGGAGGUCUCUGUGUCUUUCCCCGAUGACCACCCUCUUGGCCCCAAGGUCACUGUGACCAUGGCUGGUCCUCGGGAUGCUUCCGCGGCUCCCCAGUGCCGCGCUAUCGCCGAGAAGAUCCUGAAGAAGGAGGCCGACUGCAAGCUGGCUCCUUGCUCUUUCAACGGUGUUCACCAGCCCUCUCUCGAGAAGACUUUCUCGCGAGAGGAUGUUUAUAUCUUCUCCUACUUCUUUGAUCGAACUGCGCCUCUGGGCAUGCCGUCUUCGUUUACUUUGGACGAGCUGCACAAACUUACCGCGACUGUUUGUAACGGGGAAGACAGCUGGAACGUCUUUGAGGGCGUGGAAGGUGCGCUGAAGGAACUCCGCGAUCGUCCAGAUUGGUGCAUGGACCUCAACUUCAUGAUGGCUCUUCUGCACACCGGUUACGAGAUGCCUCUGUCCCGCGAGGUGAAGAUCGCCAAGAAGAUCAAGAAUAACGAGUUGGGCUGGUGCCUUGGUGCGAGUUUGCCUCUUCUCAGCCAGGAGUCUGGCUGGACAUGCCGCAUCAAGGAAGUCUCAUAG